GAUUUUCUUUUACAACAUAGGUACAGAAUUAAUGGAUUCUAAACAAACCGUUUGUUUUAUAUACGGAAAUGAAAUAAUUUUAAGUAUUUUGUAUUUUCUAAACAAAGUGGUGGCAUAAUGCGAAAAUGAAUAACUUCUGUAGCAGAUUUCGGAAUUUGAAAUGUGGUUAUUAAAUGGUUGAAUAAUAGAUAGUCGAAUACUGGACGAUUUUUUUCUUAUUUUGAAAUUAAAUGAUAAAAAACUAUGUGGUUCCCAACAGAUAACCGUCCGCCAAGCACACACAACACGCCGCGCACAGAUCGCAGGUUACCAAAAUUAAAUGACAAAGGAAGCACUAUAAGCCGUAAGUCAGACCGUCCUGUUCUGCCACCGGCGCAAGGAACCAGUACUGGUAAGCCGUUCUUUGUAGAGGAUGACAGACGAUCUAAAAUAACCGUAGUGUCUUUAAAAUCGGACAGAACAUCUAGGACAGUACAGACAGUCCAGUCGACAUUAUCACCACGGACACCAGUUGCCCCACCUCCGAAAGGCGCGAAAGGAAUGUUUAUAAAAGCAAAGACUAAAGUGAAAGACGGCUUCAGAGAAUCUUCAAUAAAAAGAAUUGUGGCAUCAGGCCUAUGUGUGGCGACGACGCUUCUACUGUUAUUCGGAGUGUUUCUGCCUUUUUGGAACGUGUACACUUACACAGUCGAUGAUGUGACCACUGGCUACUAUGGGGGUUUGUGGAACUACUGUCUGAGGGUCACUGGUGGGAGUACGACCUGCACCAUGUACACAGAGUAUUAUUUAGCACACUGGUUCCGAGCCGUACGAUUUUUGGAAUUGAUGGCGUUUAUGGGAAUGCUUGGACUAAUGGGUUUGGUAGUUGCCUACAUGUUCUUUCUGCGAGAGAUUAAAUAUAUCUUUCUUCAAUGGAUCAUAAUUGGGCUAUGCUUUGGUGUAGCUUUAUUCAGUCUACUAGGAUUGAUUGUUUACGCCUCUUCUUACUCUAACUCAAGUCACAUCAGCAGUGCGUAUGGACUUACAUUUUGCGCGUUCUUUGGCACUUGCGCUGCUGGUGCCCUUUUUCUAUGGGACAAACUGACAAUGGGAAAAGAAAUUGACGCUACAACGGGAUUUAGAGGAUUAUCCGGGUACCAAAGUUCAAGGCCGUCAAAGAUGCGCAGCCGACUCUCUCACGUAAAGAGCACGAGAUCCCAUGGUCAAAGGUCAACGGAUAGGUCAACAGUGGUCAGUAAAGUGUCAAGCGUCCCAAGAAGCACGAGAUUAGGUGCUAAUCCAAGCGUUGGUGCUGGCACUCAGCUUCCUACAACCAAAGAAGUGUAAAGAUUGCCAAUUAAUCAUUCUAAAGCAAUCAGAAUAGAACCCUUUUGACUAUUUCCCAAUGACUUAAUUCGUGUUUGAUAACUUUGUUGCUAUGUGAUAUAUUUUGUUGAAAUCCUAAAUUGUGUGUAUUGAUAUUUAUUUUGUCAGAGCGUAAAAAACGUUUUGCUAUAAGUGUUUAGGUUGAAUGAUAUAAAUACGUUAUAAUUAUAUAUGUAUUGUAAUAUA